AUAUUUUAUUAUCUUUUAAUGCAUUUUUUCAAGAAAAAGGUGUUAAUUGUAUUUUUGUGAGGAAAAAGCACUAGCCAGUACUAUUAUUGGCAGUUUAUUGAACAGGCAAGGAUGAGAGAUUUAUUAUAUUUGAUUGAAGUAUAUUUGAAUAAAAGGAAAAUACAAAUUUUAUCAAAUUUUGAAUGUUUCAGCAUUUUAUUUUGUACUCUAUUUUGAUAUGAAAUAACCUAGUGAUCAUACAAAUGGACACCAUGUGAAAUUAUAUUAUUUUUCACUCAUUGAUUUUUUUUCUGACACUGUUUUGUAAGGAAAAUCCUUUUGUUUUCAAUGCAAAUAUUUUAUAUGGAACAUGGAUACAUGCUUAAUUAUAAUUAAUUGUGACAGGGAAGGGGAUCAAUAAGGUGAUUUACUCUGGGCACUUGUUACUAUGUUUAGGUUCACUGAGCUGUUGGUUGCUUGAGGUAAACUAUUGAUCUCCAUCAACUGUACAACUACGAGUAGAUGUAAUGAAAAUUGCUUAUUUAUGAGAUAUUUUGACAAACAGGUAGAUUCUUAGAUACAAAAAUUUGCCUCUCAACCAGUUUUGCCCCAACUUCUUGCUUAUUAUUGAGAUAUUUUGACAUGCAGAUACUUUCCUGGAUUGGGAAGGCUGACUGUCAACCAAACUUGCUUUAGCCUGUUGUCUUGGCCACGCUUUAUCUAAAAAAAUAUACCUGUUAGCAGUAGCACUAUAUUAUGGGCAUAUGCUUAUCCAGAAUUCUUGAUUACUUUUAUAAUUGCUUUUAUUUUAAAUUUUAUAGAUCAGUCCUCUUAAUUUAAAUAAGGAUGAUUUCAAUUGUUUCAUAUUUAGAUGUUCAUUAACCAUUUUUAGAUGAAAAGCAAGGUUAGGUCUACAUGAUGCAUAGAUUAUGCAAACAUACUGUAUCUACUGUACACUAACGCACACAUCCUUGUACAUUGUUUGCUUGAUGUGUCCUACAUUGAUUUUCUUGUCUAAAUGCAUGUUGCCUGUGUCACAGCAUUAUCAGUUGGAGCUUUAAGUUAGAUAGCUGCUACAUGUGAAUAGAACACAGAAAAUAAAACCAGGCAACUGUUAGAGAGACAGUGUGGAUGUCAGGCUUAAUGAGUGAUGAGUGUUGCUGUGUCUGCAAGCAGAAGGUCCACUAUUACAGCCGACAUGGAAAAAAUUGGCUGUUCUUCUGCUCUGAGCAGUGUCAACAAAAGUAUUGUAAGGAGAAACAAAUUCCCCCCAUGAUUCUAGUGGAGACAGAAAGUCAGACUGAUGAAGAAGAUGAAAAUGACCAAGUAUCAAAAAUUUUCAAGCAUAUCAAAUCCAAUGACCACACACAGCUGGUAGACAAACUUCAAGUUCUUAAAAAGAAAGAAUUGGAUCAGGCCAAACUGAAAGGUGUCCCUCUCUUGUGUUACGCUGUGAAGGUCGGAAGCUUUAGAAGUAUACAAGUGUUACUUGACACUGGAAUAGAUGUCAAUCAAACUUGUGACAAUGGAAAGACAGCUUUAAUGUUGGCAUGUCAGCAAGCAUCUGCAGAAAAGGUGCAGAUGCUCUUGAAUUGUGGUGUUAAUCUGCGCCUUCAGGAUGCUGAGGGUCAGACAGCUUUACACCUUGCCACUCUGGCUAACAAGGGAGCCUCCUGUGCAGGCUUAUUACUGAAAGCAGAUCACUCUAUGGCAUCAAUUUGUGACAAAUAUGGCCAAUCAGCUUUGCACUUGGCUGCUAAAAGGGGUCACCUGCCUCUAGUUCAGCUUUACCUGUUACAUGAUCGUCAGGGAGUGAAAGAGAAAGACAAUCUUGGAAGACUGCCUCUUCACUGGGCAGUUCAAGAAGGAAGGACAAACUGUGUGGAGUACCUGCUUGGAUUUGAAAACACUAUGGUAAUUGAUGAAGUUGAUGAUCUUGGAAAUACACCCAUUCAUCUUGGUAUUCAACACAACAAGCAGCAAGCUGUAGAGACAUUGGUUGAUAAGGGUUGCAAUUUAGAUGUUGUAGAUGAUGAUGGGAAAACCCCAUUGAUGCUUGCCUUACAUUUGGGCAAGAAAAAUAUAUUCAAUAUGAUUGUGCAAAAGCAAGGACCACUUAAGGCAGAUGCAGGAGAUGAACAGGGAAUGACAGCUCUUCAUCAUGCUGCUGAUGUUGGCAACUUGGACUUCUGUAAAACACUUGUAGAAGGUGGGGCCAAGGUUGACACACUAUGUAAACUGGGACGUUCACCCAUCUUUUACUGUGUAAUGAACGGCCACACAGACUGUGUGAAAUAUCUGAUGGAUAAGAGAGCAGACCUCUAUAUAAUUGAUAAUCCAAAAAGACUCCCCCUCCAUUAUGCUGUUGCAAACGGUCAUGUAGAAACAACAAAACUUCUGAUUUCUUCUAUCAUAGACAUGAAAACAGUGGAUGAAAAAGCAUAUCAGAGUGUUCUUCAAGUAGCUGCAUUGAGUGGACAAGAGGUGAUCCUGCAGCUUUUGUUAAAGCAAGGCGUAGACUGUGAAAGGAAAGACACUGAAGGGUGUACUGCUCUCCAUCUGGCUGCUGGGGAAGGACAUACUAAGUGCUGUGACAUCUUGAUCCAGCAUGGUGCUCAGGUCAAUCCUGAAGACAAUUCCAAUGAAAGAAACACACCACUUGAUUUUGCUUACAAAAAGGAGCAUGCAGACACAGCAGAAUUCCUCAGAAGCAAAGGUGGUGUCACAAAUGGAGACCGAAAAGAACAGGCUGUAAUGGAAUUUCGUAGAAAACAUGCAGCAAUUGUUAUUCAGAGAGCAUGGCGAUAUUAUUGGGGACGAAAACGCAUUGAGCACACACGAGCUGCCAGAGUAAUCCAGGCUGCCUGGAGAGCCUAUCAAAAGAAAAAAUGCCAAAGAAAAGACAAUGAAGAAUUUGGUGUAAUACCUGCCAAGAAGAAAGAGAAAAAGAAAGAAAAAGGCAAACCAGGAUGGAACAGUUCAACGGUUAUCAGGCAUACUCCACCUCCAUCAUAUAGUAUGUUUGAUAUGCUAAACAAGAACAAAAUAGGUACAUCUAAUCCUGCCAGAAUGACCUCCUAUGUACAGAUGUUUAAAAACAGUGCUGCAAAUGGCAGUUAAAGCUGUAUAUAAUGUAUAGUAUACAGUGUAAUAAAAUACACAAGAUUUCAUUGGAUAAUGAUGAAUAAACACUAUGGUUAAGUGUACAGUACAUUGUUUUAAUUCAGUAUAAUUGUAAGAAGUUCAGGAUACUAUUGGAUUUCUUUGUUCAUAAAGAUAUUUUAAUGCCCUAAAGGUUUGAAGCAGCUGGACUGCUUUAGGUGUACUAGCAUGCUGUAUUUAUGCAGUGAUGUAUACAAUUCCUUGAUUUAAAUUCCUCAAUUACAAAUUGUCAUAAAUUGUGUCACUGUAUUUGAACUAAUUACGUAAGUAACUUCAGUGCUGUUACAUACUAGUUAUAUUCUUUUUAAAAACAUGUUUGGAAUGGGCAUUAUCUGAGAUAGCCAGAAUUUGGCAGGAUUUUGAGGAGAGUGGGGCCAAAAAUAAAGGUUCAAAAUCAGCUACAAAUAAAAGCUGACACAGUUUAUCUACAAAUAUGUUAAAUAUGUUUCUUUUUGUUUUCUUAUGCUUAUGGCAGUCUAUAUAUAGAAUGCCAUAAGCAUAAGAAAACAAUAUAUGUAUAUAUAACAAAAGUACAGAUUCUCUGUAUACACAGUUUUUGUACAAAGAAAUUCCCAGUGCAAAGAGUUUUACCCAUAUAGCUUACAAUAUAGGGAUUCUUUCACUUUAUCUAGACUCACUUACAUUACAUAUCACACACUGUUCCAAGCAUCUUUUUAGACCAUUGCAAAUGAUGCCUAUUGCAAACCCAUGUAAAAAUGGAUAUAAGAUAUAUUAUAACUUGCUAUUAGAAGAAGUUUUUUGACCAUUUAAAAUCUAUGAGACUGUAUACCCUUGCACUUUCAUUUGGCUGCAUUCAGAACAGUGGACUACGGUCAAAUUUGGCUGACCCACUUGAAUGCUUCCCCACAGGAUAUAUAUUCAGUGUCUAUAAGCGGAUUAAGACGGCAAGUUUUUUUGUGGGUUGCCAUAUUUGACCCACGGAAUAGUUAGUCCACUGUUCUGAACGUGGCCAUUUGACUAAGUUGUUUACAGCAUCAGAAAUGUAAUUUUCAUUGUAUUGAACAUAUAUCUUUUUAAAUAAACAUUUUUAUGUUGAUGG